CCAUUGGCGCCUGCGCGGGGUUGGGUCCUGGCGCGAGCGCGGCCGCAGGGCUGCUGUGUGCGGCGAUGGAGGCGCGGCGGCGGCUGUGGCCGUUGUGGCUGCAGGGCUUGGCGCUGCUGUGGGGCAGCGCCGGCAUGGGGCUGGCGCAGCCCAGCACCACCGCUCCGCCACCACCGGCGCAGGCAUGUUCAGAGUUUUCCCAGAAGUCCUGUGAAGAAUGUUUAAAAAAUGUUUCGUGCCUUUGGUGUUACACCAACAACACUUGUAUUGAUUACCCUGUAAGAAGCAUUCUUCCACCAUCUUCAUUAUGUUCCCUCUCAAAUGCUCGAUGGGGAGUUUGCUGGAUAAACUUUGAGGCUUUAAUUAUUGCCAUAGCUGUAGUAGCUGGGCUCAUUCUGGUGUCCAUAGCAGUCUGUUGCUGUUACUGCUGUUACUGCAGAAGGCAUUCUAGGAGUGGACCAGAUGAAGAAGAAGAACGGCUAGCUAGAAAGAGAGAGGAACGAAGAUUACAGUCUCUUCAGAGGAAACAUGAAAGAAAGCUGAAGCAUGAUGAAAUACGUAAGAAGUAUGGUCUUCUCCAGGAUUCUGAUAAUCCAUACAGCAGAUUUGAGAAUGAGUAAAGCUGAGCACCUUUCACUAGAGCUGUACCUCCAGAAUGCAGGAAGAUAGUUUGUUUUCCUUUGCCCUUUGGGCUUUUUUGGCUUCUUUUUUCCCCAAAAAAUUACAUUUGAUUUUCUUUUUUUUUUUUUGUUUGGGUUUGGGUUUGUUUCCUGGUUGUAAAACUAGGAUUGGAUAAAGAUUUCAUGAAAUACAUGUUUCUGUCUUCUACCUAUAUAGAACUAAUUUUUUUUAAAAUGCUUUGGUUGUUGAAAUGUUGGCUGAUCCUUUUUUUUUUUUUUUUUUUUAUUUUAUGGUGACAUUUAAGUGUGAAAUACUAUCUUUCCUCCUCUUAAAACUGUAUUUUAUUACUUGAUGUAGAUAGCUAAUAGGCACGAUCAUGUGUUUGCAUUCAGUCUUAACUGCCACUUAAAACACUUGUUGCCAUGUUCCUAAAUAAAGAUGUUUCCCUACUGUAUCUUUUUUUUUUUUUUUAAAUAAAAAAGGCAAUAUGGAAGCACAGCUUCACACAGCAGAAAUAGCUGUUGUUGAUAUUGAUGAGAAAAUACACCAGGCACAUUCUUCUGUGCUACCAUAAUAUGAGAACUGGGUGGAGUUUUUUUCCCUCUGGAAAAAGAUCUUCGAGAGUGUAAUGUCUAGGGUUUGAGAGAGGGGAGCAUAUUUGUCUCUGAAUUUUUGAAACUCAGUUGUGGAAAUAUUAAUAUAUACAUACUGAUGUAAAAAAAAAUGGCUCUAGUUAGCAAAAUUGGAAGAAGGUCAUUCUUGAAAUCAGCAUAGUUAUGUGUGCCUAAAUUUAAGCAGAAGCAUCAGUCUGUGUGAACGCUUUCUUCUGUAAGCUUAAUAUAUAAUUAACCAAAAAAAAGUUGCCAGAUUCUGCAUUUUACCAGGGUUAACCCUGGCCAGCAGCUGAGCACCACCCAGCUGCUUGCUCCCUCCCUCCAGUGGGAUGAGGGAGAGAAUGGGAACAGCAAAGGUGAGAAAACUCUUGGCUUGAGAUAAAGGCAAUUUAAUAAGCAAAGAAAAGGAGGAUAGGAGGAACAAGGCAGUCACCACCUCCCAGAAGCAGGCCUCUGCCUCCCCUCAAUUUUUGUUGCUGAGCAUGAUGAUGUAUAGCCUGGAAUCUCUUUUUGGUCAGUUCUGGCCAUCUGUCCCAGCUCUGUCCCCUCCCAGCUCAUUGCCUACUUGCCGGAAUGGGCAGAGUGGGAAAAAUGAAACCUCGAUGCUGUGCAAGCACUACUCAGAAAAAGCCAAAGCAUUGGUGUGUUAUGUGCACUAUUCUAGCCACAGAUCCAAAGCAAAGCACCAUACAGUUACCUCCAUCCCAACCAGACUUAGUACAGUAGGAAAGCAGUAUUUUUGUAAACUUUUAUUGUUCUUUUGAUAUUUCCGUAAUGUGAUUUAUUUCCUGUCUUUCUUUUCAUAGAGGUGUUUAUUGAGCAGUUUUAGUAGCUUACCAGUAUGACACAAGCAAAGAGCUUUUCUCCCUCUGCAGUGCAAGUUCCCAUUUAUUCUGUACACUUUAAAUAACCUUCCUUGCUGUAUAUUAUCCAUUAAAAAAAUGUACAAUAUUGAAGAUGUUCAUGUAAUUUUUAUCAACAUUCCUAAAAUAAAUAUUUAACAUCUUUAA